UCUUUUUUCAACUUAUGCAAUCGUAAUUAAUAACGAAUUCAAAAAAAAUAUAAAACAAAUAAUUUUCUAUUUGUUAUUAAUAAUUCAAACGAAUUCAAAUAAUUCAAUAUAUUGAAAAUAAAAUGGCUUAUUAUUGGUAAUCAUCGACUAUAACGAAUGAUUUUAUCAUUUCGGCGAAGAAAAUUAACGAGAUUUGCAUAAUGCAAAAUAUAAUUCUAAUUGAAUUUAAACGUAUUAAACGAUUAUAUAGAUUCAGCGAUCUGUAAAAUUCGAAUUGAAUUAAUUUCCUCCCAUGUCAAAUAUUUCAACGUAACUAACGACAUCGAUUAAUUUAAAAUCAAUGAGAGACUAUUUUCUUGGCCAAAAAAAGAUAUGAAAAAAAAAGAAAAAAAAAAAAAAAAAAAAAAAAAAAAAAUGAAAAAAAAAAGACAACUCACCAAAGCUUUCAUAAAAUUUUAUCAGCUCUCAACGACGAUUGCAUUAGACGAAUUAUGGGGCAUUGUGAGAGAAAAAAAAAAAAAAAGAAAAGAAAGAAAAAAACCAAAAAAGAAAAAAAAAAAAGAAAAAUAUAUGCAUAUAUACACGCAUACAUAAACAUAUGAAAAUAAUAUUUGUUUAUAAGAAAAUAAAUAAUAAGCUAUAGCAGAUAUACGAUGCGAUAUAGAAAACAAAAAAACAAGAACGAAAAAACAAAAAAAAAAAAAGAUACCUGGAUAUCCUAAUCGAAACAUAAUGAUAAGAACGAAAUAUAAAUAUAUAAUCCAAAUUACAUCAAAUAUUAAUCUGUCUCUAAUUUAUUUAUUACCCUAAUUCCAUUACUAUCAUUAUUACAACAACAAUUAAUACUACUACUAUUACUACUACUACUACUACUAAUACUCUUAUUACUAAACGUUAAUGAUAAUGACAAUCGAACAAAUUGAUAUAAUUAAAGUUAGAUAUGUCUUCGUUGAAAACGCCGUAUGAAAAACAACAACAAGAAAAAAAAAAAAAAGAAAAAGAAAAAGAAAGAAAACAAAAGUAAAAUAUAAUAAAAAAAAUAAAAAAGAAAUAAUCGCCCCUUAUCAUUCUAUUUAACUCUCUUCCUUCACCCUAUCCCUCCUACCCCCCCCCCCCUUACCAACCACACUCCCUCUUUCUCUCUCUUUCUUUCUAUCCUCUCUUCAUCUUCUUCUUCUUGAUCGUCCAUUUAUGAAUCACUGUGAUUUUUAUACUAACCCCACUUACAAAGGUCACUUUCAUUUAGAACAAUCAGCAUUGAACGAGACUACGACCUCGGUUAUCAAACAAACACAUAAAGCAUGACAUAGAAGAACACAUUAAAUGUCACACUGGUGGUUUAAUAGAGGACAGUACCGAGUGAGAUUUCAACGCGAGAUGAUCGUUCCAAAGAUUAUCUGACGUAUACGUGUGAGUCAAAGAUUAGUAACGAUCUAUUGCGAUAUCGUUCGUGACGACGAAUGAUUAAUAGCAAAAGAAAAAAGAGAAGAAAACAAAAAGGAAACAAUAAUCAUGAGUUUGUUACUUCUCGUACUUGUACUAUGCGGAAUAUUGGCGCUGUACAUUUAUUACCGAAGGAUAUAUACUUAUUGGGAUAAACAAGGUAUACCAGAGGCACCAUAUUAUUUACCAAUCUUUGGUCACUCCUUGCCAUUGUUAUUAUUGCAAAAAAAUAUGCGCCAAUUGGCAGCUAGUUGGUACGAUCGUUACAAGAACAACAGUAUGGUUGGUUAUUACGACGGUGUAUUACCAGGAUUAUUGAUAAGGGAUCCUGAAUUGGUUAAAACCGUACUGUUAACGAAUUUCACGAAUUUCCCAAUGACCUCAAUGAGGAUCGAUAAGAAUUUAGAUCCUUUGUUAGCCAAGCAUCCAUUUUUUUUAAAAGGAGAAGAAUGGUUGAUCAAUAGGAAAAGAUUGGCCUAUGCGUUUUCGAGUAUGCGAUUGAAAAUAUUAUCAGAGACCGUACGUAAAGUUUGCAAAAAGCUUGACGAUUAUUUGUAUAGAAAGAUCAAAGAGAAUCAAAGGAUCGAAUUUGAGACCAAGGAUCUAUUUGGUAGAUUUACCGGCGAGGUUGUCGCCAAUGCUGGUUUUGGUAUCGAAGGAUUUUGUUUCGAUGAUAAUUACAAUCCGCAAUCGUUUCAUGAAAUUGGUAAAAAGAUAUUCGAAGUAAGCUGGAUACAAAGUGCUUUGCAAUCGACAGCAUUCCUCUUGCCGAUUAUAAACAAUUAUUUAAAAAUACGAUUUAUACCGAAGGAUAUAGAUCAUUUCUUUCGAACGAUCGUCAAACAGGUAAUAGAAAAGAGACGAGAAGAGACUGAAAAACGUAACGAUUUCUUUCAAUUAAUGGUAGACCUUGAAAAAAGUGAAGGACAAAAGUUCGACGAGGAAUCAUUGACGAGCCAUGCAGUCACGUUCUUCAUAGACGGAUACGAAACAUCAUCGGUGACCUUGAGCUUCAUUUGUUUUGAUCUUUCUGUACACUACGAUAUACAAGAAAAACUGAGGAAAGAGAUCAAAGAUGUAUUAGGUAAACAUCAAGGAGAAAUAACUUAUGAUUCCUUAAAAGAGAUGACGUAUUUGGAUCAAGUGAUAAAUGAGUCACAAAGAAUAAAUACAUUAUUGAAUACAAUGACUCGUUUAUGUACCGAUAAGAUUCAAUUGAAAGGUAACGAUGGAUUAACUUGCACAGUGGAACCGGGUACAAAGGUUAUUAUAUCGCUUCAAUCGUUACAAAAAGAUCCAAAAUAUUGGACCAAUCCGGAAGCAUUUGAUCCAGACCGAUGGAACGAAGAAAGGAAAGCCAACAUUAACAAAUAUUGUUUUUUACCAUUUGGUGAAGGUCCAAGAAUGUGCGUUGGACUUAGGAUGGCAUUGCUACAGAUGAAAGCUGCACUUGUAACCAUAUUAAUGAAAUAUAGAAUCGAACGAAAUCCAAGGACUAGUUAUCCGGCUAAAAUCAGCACUUUUGGGAUAAUAUUGACACCGAUCGACGGGCUUUGGGUUUAUCUGACACGUCUUUAAAAGUAAUUCAAAGCCAGACCGCAGAUGAAAUUUCCAAUUAGCUUGAUUGUAGAUGAAAUUUACAAUCCUGACGCAACCAGAACACAAUCGACAUACAAACGGGACGCAAUCAGGAUACAGAGUCCAGGCGCAACUUGGAUGCAAUCAGGAUACAACACAGAUGCAACCAGAUUGCAAGCAGGACACAACUUAGAUGCAACCAGAAUCCAUUCAGGGCACAGUCCAGAUGCAACCAGGAGGCAACCGGGAUACAAUCUUGAUGUAACCAGAAUGCAAUCAGGAUACAACUCAGAUGCAACCAGGCUGCAAGUAGGACACAAUUCAGAUGUAACCAGGUUGCGAGCAGGACACAACUUAGAUGCAGCCAGAAUCCAUUCAGGGUACAGAUGCAACCAGGAUGCAAUCUUGAUGUAACCAGGAUGCAAUCAGGACACAAUUCAGAUCCAACCAUGAUGCAAUCAGGACAUAAUUCCUGAUGCAAUCAAGAUGCAACCAGUUAUAUAAUUUUUUAUCUUGAAGCUUACACUUAGUUAUAUUCAUGUUUAUCUUCUAAAUAAGGAUAAUAACGGUGUAAGAAUAUUUGAUAAAGGAGAUUUUUGGUUUCUUUCUAUUUUCUUGGUUUCUUUCUAUUUUCCCUUUUUUCUUUUUUUUUUUUAAGUGAGAUCGGCAAAAAGAUAUUUAAAGCUUCCAUUGCGACCCUAUUAAUGAGAUAUAAAAUAGAAAGAAAUUCAAGAAUUAAAUAUUCAAUUGAUAUCGACGUUCUGACUAUACUCUCGAUGGCUAUUGGCGAAAUUUGGAUUUAUCUUAGACAUUUUUAAAAAUAUAUAUAUAUAUAUCCAAAUCAAAUUUGCAAAUGAAGUUUACAAGCAAUCCAUAUGUAAUUAGAAUGCAACAAAAGGAAAUAAUCCAGAUGCAAUUUGAUUGCAACCACGACACAAUCCAAACCAGUUACAGAAUUGUAAACCAGGACAAAAUUCAGGCGCAAUCAAAUCGCAAUCAAGAUUUUAUCCAAACUCGAAGUAAUUAUAAUUUCUCCCUUUUGCUAUCAUAAGUUAUAUAAUAAUCUAGCUUUGUUAAUGAUAUAUGAAAAGAGAGGGAGAGAAAAAAAAAAGAAAAGAAAAAAGAAAGUAAACAAGCUUAUCUUUACGUAAUAUAGUUCAACGAUGAUUAUGACGACGAUAAAGUAAAAUUUUAGCAAUGAAAGAAGUUUGUUUUUUUAGA